CGUGAUAUACAGUUAUUAGUGUCCUUCUAGUCUUCUUCAUGUGGGGGGCGAACUCUGCAUAGGAGGAUCUGCAGUCCAGUACAGACGAAGGACAGACCGGCUUGUAGGCGAAGACUGUACAAUUGAAUUCGUGGUUUGCUGAAGACUGGUUCAUUGGUAUUGCCGCUUGCAGCGAUAAUUUGCAGACGCAGAUUUGCAAUGAAACUGGGUUGAAAACUCUGAACCCAUUUUUUUGGAGAGGCCCAGCUCCUUAUUUCAGAUUUCGCCACGCAAGAUCCAGACCUAUUGGGCCACGACAAUGGGUGGAGGUGACGUUGGAGCUGCAUUCGCCGCGACAUUGGAACGGGUCGGUACGCAGCUGACGUCUGAGGAUCUAGUGAAGCUCUACCCAGUGUCAUGUGCUCAAGAAACUGACGCGCCAGUCAAGCUGGAAGACUGCAAAUUCUUCGAUCUUUUCGCUGCGGAUCCCAUGAAAGCUCGCGGGGAUACUGAACGUCUGCGUAACGAAGCAAAGCAACAACAUGGAGCUUCAUUUGUGGAUCAGAUCCUGACGUCAACGACGCACCACCCGCUAAAGAGGAUGCAAACCACUGACUACCGUCUUAAACCAGACGAGAAGGCCAACCUAGAGGCCAAUGGAGUCGUUGCAGUGGAACGCAUGCCAGCUGAGAGCUUCGCGGAUAUCUACUAUCGACUGUACACAGAUGACAUGCCGGUAUUCGUGACGGCUGACUCGAUUUUGCAUGCAUGGCACCGCAGUUUUGACGCUUUUCUCGUGGAUACGGAAAUUCAGAUAUUAUCCCCCACACUGGAUAAAAUCCUUGAAUCCACACUGUCGAAAUGCUGCGAGGCUAUCAUUGCUACUUCAAAAGAUGACUCAGAAGCAAGAAGAGUGAUGGUAGAUGUGGAAUUAUUCCUCCGAGUGGGGCUAAGUCUCUUAAGAGGGGAGCUAGUCGACGGUGUCACUGAGAAUACUAUCGAACUGGAACGUUUACUGGCUUUUGUUUAUUCAGAAGAAACCAAGGAGGCGGAUAUAUUGUCAUCAAAACGGAUCGUUGACUUCUCGCAGUUCAAACCUCGCGGACAUUACACAAACUCCGAGGAGCUGAUGCGCUACUUCCGCGCUAUGAUGUGGCUUGGAACGAUCGAUUUCCGCGUUGCUGGUGGUGAAAAACCAGAAGAAGAUCUUUACCAACUGCACUGCGCGGUCAUGUUGGUGCACUUCCUACGUGACUCACAAGCUUUGAAGAUUGUUGAGAAGGUUGACGCGUUGAUUUCCAGUCUCGUGGCUGAUGGAGGAAUGGGAGCCGACUCGCUUUCACCAUCUCAGCUUUUACGAUUAUUACCGAAAGAAACACUUUUUACUGAUGAUGACAAAGAAACACUUUCGAUGUUGAAGAGUAUUCAGAAUCGGAUUCUCGAAAAGCGACUCGGAGCUCAACUGAUCAAUGGCCACCCACGCGUCGAGAAUCAACCUCCAACCUCAACGACACCAAUGUCUCUACCCAGUUCCUUCGCGCUAUUAGGACAACGAUUUGUCUGGAGUUCAUUCAUCUUUUCGAGACUAGUUUUUGAUCACGUGAUUCACAAUGAUGAAAAGCAAAAACGACGCAUUCCGAGUGCUGUGGAUAUCGCUUUCACGUUGUUUGGCAAUGACAGUGCAGCUCAAGUGCUCGCCGAUCGAAUGAAUGCUAAUCCGCAACGAUUUCCAGAGUUUGUUCCGUUCCGAGAUGGCAUUCAAUACUCGUCAAAUCUUGUUGCACUUCGUCAAGUUAUCGACCGAGAAUUUGACGAUGAAGGAGACAUUAGUGAAGAUUCUCCAGAUGAAAAGACUAGCAUUAGUAUGCUAUGGCAGCGAGCACUGCGAGCGUUGUCGAGACCGUCUCCGAAUGCCGCUGGUACAUUUCAUUCGAAUGUCUGGCAGAAACGUCAAUUGAAUACGCAGCUGGCAUCAUUUACUCAGUUACGCCACGACACUUUACUGUACGCGAAACAAGGAUACACGUUUGUGUGCGGCUGUGAAUACGCAGACGGAAUGGUGGACCCGUACCCCCUCUUCUGGCAGCGCAUGGGAAAACUAGCCAAGCAAAUGGAAAUGAUGAUUGAGAGAGAACUGAGUCCAUUGGUCGAGUUUUCGUAUGACCAAUCACGACAGCCAAGCCAGCUUGAUUUCGGGUCGCAUCAGACAGAUAGCAAGUACCUCGAAGCUCGACGUUUUUUUCGUUGUUUUGCGGAAACAAUGCAAUCAAUUGAAGAGAUCGCAGUUCUCCAAGCUGAGCACAGACCCUUGGGCGAGAGUCAAGUGAAUUUCUUGAGGACGGUUAUGGAAGAGCGAUUUGGAAGUGGAGGAUCGAGGUACUGCGGUUGGUACCCUGGGUUAUUCUUCGAAAGUCGGGAAGAUUCAGGCAAGAGCGACGUGAUCGUGGCGGACGUCCAUACAGACUCGCCAUCAACUAUUCAUGGCGAUAAAGGAGGUGUGCUGCAUCUCGGCGUCGGCAAUCCGCUAAUGGCGUUUUUCGUCGUGGACAAGGUUAUGUAUGCUGGUCCAGUGUUCAGCAGCUACGAGUUCGUGACACCGAUUGAUGAACGAUUGACUGACAAUGAGUUCAAAAGCAAACUACCAUCGAUGCGGAUGCCCGACUGGGCUCACCAAUCCUACCUUUGCUAGGGACGUGACAUUAGUGUUGGUUGAUAAUAAUUUCUGCACCAGUUAGUACAUUUGUGUUUUGCUUGCCUA